AUGAAUCUGAAACUCUUUCGGACCAUUCGGAUCGCAGUCUUGGAGUGUGACACCCCGCUGCCGGAGACCAAGAAAAGAUUUCAUGGUUACGGCGGUGUCUUUGAGUUCUUGCUGCGGUCAGGGGCCAAGGCCUUGGAUCGAGCUGACCUGGAUCCCGACAACAGCCUCGAGUUUUCCUUCUGGCAAGUUGAGUUAAACCCGGAUCAGUAUCCCAAUCCUGAUGAGAUCGACGCCAUCUUGAUCACCGGUUCCAGACACGACUCCUUCGCAGACACGCCCUGGAUCAACAAACUCGUCGACUAUACAGCCAAGAUCCUGUCCGAGACAAGUGUUCGCGUCAUCGGCGUGUGCUUCGGCCAUCAGAUCGUGGGCCGCGCCCUGAAAGCUGAGGUUGGACGGAACCCCGAGGGUUGGGAAGCAGCAGUGAAUGAUGUCCAGCUGUCAGAGAAGGGAAAGGAAGUAUUUGGCGUGGACAAGAUCCGACUCCACCAAAUGCACCGUGACUGUGUCUUCUAUUACCCAGAAGGCGUAGAGGAGCUCGGGUAUUCCCCUGUGUGCAAGGUCCAAGCCAUGUAUUCACCCAAACGGCUCAUCACCGUGCAAGGCCACCCCGAGUUCAACCAGGAAAUCAUGACAGAAAUCAUCAAUACGCGACAUGCGACAGGUAUUUUCGAUGACAAGGCGUUUAAAGAACAUAUGAACAAAGUGAAUCUGCCACACGAUGGCUUGAUUGUUAGUCAGGCAUUUCUGAAGUUCUUGUUGGAAUAG